AUGUCGUCUCGUGGAUCCCAACGAGGUAUUCGGAGAGGAAAUCCCGUGGUUGAACCAAAGCAAGGACGUCGAGGUGGAAACUCUAGUGCUAGUACGAGUAACGUAAGUCGAUACUAUAGGUCAAUGACCCUUAUUGACUUCCUCAAGAAUGGUCCACUUCGGUUUAACGGAAACGCUAAUGCCCUGGAGGCUGAUCAGUGGUUUCGAGAAGUGGAGAGGUUUUUGUACACUCAGCAUGUUCUUGAAGUACAAUCAGUGGAGAUAGUAACUUAUAUGUUGGAGGAAGAUGCUCAGAAUUGGUGGCGAGAAUUGUGUCAUACCUCGCAGCUGAAGCAAAAGGAUAUGUCCGUUGCUGACUAUACCCGUGAAUUCGACAACCUAUGCCGUUUCUCAAAAACUUGUCAAGGAAAUCCAGCCGAUUAUGAGGAAUGGAAGUGUGCUCAGUAUGAGAAAGGACUAAGGAGAGAUAUCUUUAAUUAUGUGUAUCUACAAAAGCUAACAAGUUUCACUGAGUUAGUUAAGAAGAGCCAGCUCGCAGAGGAUCGCUCCUUGAAGUGGACACUGCUACAGGAAGGCUUUGGUGAGACUGCUCAAGAGGAGCCGCAUAGGGCCGGACUGAGAAUGUACUUUCGAUGUGGAGCACCGGGACACAUGUCUAGGAAUUGUCCGCGUGGGAGAGCCGCAGAUGCGGGUUGGCCACGACAGUAUUGA